UCCAAUACAAAUGGUCCAAAUCCGUCUGGCACCCAGCUCUACUUGUCACGUUAUGUACUUUAGGUAAUAAUUGUGAUGACUGAAUUCAUUUUAUUUAUUGAAUGUAAUUGUUUUGACUCAUAUUAAAAGAAGAGAUAAUCAUCCUCAUCACGAUCAUGCUGCUUGAGUUGCUUUUUCUCAUUUUGGCAUCAUGUUGCAUCGGGGAGUCAAAGAGAAGAAAUGUCCUUCUAAUAAUUGCUGAUGAUGCAGGUUUUGAGACGGAGGUGUAUAACAACUCUGUGGUCCACACCCCCCACCUGCGCUCUUUGGCCCAGCGUAGCCUGGUGUUCAGCAACGCCUUUACCUCUGUCAGCAGCUGCUCCCCCAGUCGCUCCACCAUCCUCACUGGCCUGCCACAGCACCAGAACGGCAUGUACGGGCUUCAUCAGGGUGUUCACAACUUCAACUCGUUUGACGGAGUACAAAGUCUGCCGCUGCUCCUCAGCCAAGCCAACGUACACACAGGUAUAAUUGGGAAGAAGCAUGUCGGUCCUGGAUCUGUAUACCCUUUUGAUUUUGCCUACACGGAAGAGAACAACUCUGUCCUCCAGGUGGGGAGGAACAUCACCCGUAUCAAACUCCUGGUCCGAAAGUUUUUCCAGACCCAUAACGAAGAAGCUUUUGAACGAAGGCGAAAGAAAGACGAGAAUAAAGAAAAUAUAAAAGAUGAAGAGAAGCCGUUUUUCCUGUAUGUUGCCUUUCAUGACACCCACCGAUGUGGACACUCGCAGCCCCAGUAUGGAGCUUUCUGUGAGAAGUUUGGGAAUGGUGAAAUGGGGAUGGGUAGAAUACCUGACUGGACGCCAGAAUAUUACACACCAGAACAAGUAAAGGUUCCUCCUUUUGUGCCGGACACACCUGCAGCACGAGCCGACUUGGCUGCACAGUACACCACGGUUAGCAGGCUGGACCAAGGUAUCGGUUUGGUUCUUCAGGAGCUCAGGGACGCUGGUUAUGAGAACGACACUCUGGUCAUCUACAGCUCCGAUAACGGCAUCCCCUUUCCGAACGGCAGAACCAACCUGUAUCGCUCAGGGACAGCCGAGCCCAUGCUGGUGUCCUCUCCAGAGCACAGGGAGCGAUGGGGAGACACCAGCCAGGCCUACGUCAGCCUGCUGGACAUCACUCCCACCAUUCUGGAAUGGUUCUCUGUUCCCUAUCCAUCCUACAGCCUCCCCGGCGGCCCUGCCACCCUGGUUCACCUCACCGGUCGCUCCUUACUGCCUGCUCUGGUCACUGAGCCCAGCAGCUGGCACACCGUCUACGCCAGCCAGUCCCUUCACGAGGUAACCAUGUACUACCCAACCCGCUCCGUCCACCAGGGGGCGUACCACCUUCUCCACAACCUACACUACCGCAUGCCCUUCCCCAUCGACCAGGACCUGUACGUGUCACCCACCUUCCAGGACCUGCUGAACCGCACGAGGCUGAGUGAGCCCACGCACUGGUUCAAAAGCCUGGAGCAGUAUUACUACAGAGAGCGCUGGGAGCUGUUUGACUCCAGGACAGACCCACUGGAAACGAGGAACCUGGUAUCAGACCCAAACUACAGCGCCGUGCUGGAGAGCCUGAGGCAGAGUCUGCAGAAGUGGCAGUGGGAGACGGGGGACCCCUGGGUCUGUGGACCUGACUACGUCCUGGAGGACAAACUAGAGCCACACUGCAGACCACUCUACAAUGGACUCUGAUGGACACUGCUGGUACUUUUACUCAUCUUGAUCGACACGAUGUCCACACAUUCUUCUUAUAAAAUAAAUAACAUUCAUAUGUAGUUUUAUUUUUGUAUGUCAGUGCUACUUUUUUAAUGCUAAAAAUAAACUUAAAUUGCCUUAAUUCCUAA